AACUUAACUGCUGGCAGCAUUUACGGAAUAUAGCCAUUAUGUUUGUUGUCAAUUUUCCCACGUGUACUUGUAUUUACCUGUAAAUGUUUUAACUAUCAUUUUUAAACAUACUGAUAAAGACAAUUAAACAAUUUAAAAGAGGCUCCUUUUUUUUUUCAAUUACCGAGAGAAAAGUUAAGAGAAAAACAUGUCAACGAUUGGAAACGUCAGUGCUGAUCAACUGAUUGCUGGCUCAAGUGUCUUGUCCAGACCAGCUGAAGAAUUUGAAAAUGACCCAAGCAUCGAAGCUAUGUGGGCCAUCAAGGCAAUGGAACACGCAGAAAUAUAUUUCAAUAUAUUGUGCUCCGUGGACCCAAAAAUAUUGAAACUCACGUCACAUGACGAUUUGAUAUACAAAACCUUCAGAGAAACCUUUCCAGAUCUCAAAGUAGAUGUCAUAGAUGAAAAUGAACUAAAAUCGCCAGAGGGUAAAGAGAAGUGGAGACCUUUUUGUGAAAAAUUCAAAGACAUGGUUGAGGACUACAGUUUUGGCACGUUACUUAGGGCAGACUGCAGUGGAGAAUAUUCGCCGGAAAAUAGUAUAUUGACAUCGAGAAUACAAUUUUUCGCUAUUGAAUUGGCGAGAAACCGAGAAGGUUUCAAUGAUCAGAUAAGAAAAAACUUUAAACCGAGAAAACUCAAAGCUUCCUCAUAGUAUACACUUUUGUACGAUGUACUGUAUUAUUCACUAAGACACGUCUUGACUUUUGCUAAUUUUUUAAAAAUAAACUUUAACAUAAA